GAGGCCUCGCUAGAGAACUGGACGCGAAUUUUGUUUCUCCCUCACCCCCGCCCAAAGAAAACCAUUUAGGAAAGAAAACGAGACUGAAGUGCAGGGUGGCGACCAGCCUGCCUUUCCCUUUGUUUUCGAUGAAAAUGUCGCCGAGAAGGAGCUGCAGCAAAGGCGCAUUGUGCGGCCGAUGGCAGAGACAAAAUGUCGGCUGGGGGCAGGGUUGGAGGAAGGCGUCCGGCGCCAUCUUGGUGGUGACUCCUUCAUUUAUCUAUGCCUGGAUAAGCGUGCCACAGCCAGUGAUCUAGUUCUCUACCCACUGAAGAAAUGUUCUUAAUGAUUUAGCAGUGAUUAAUGAAAUUUGUAGACCAUGGAUGAAGAUGUAGGAAGGCUUGAACUGCAGCAACAGGAGCCCAAGGUGAUAUUUGAUAACACAGUUCAAGAAGUGACUUCAGAACACAUUGAUGGACAUCAUAUUCUCGUAGAAGUUCAAGAGACUGUCUUUGUCGAUUCUGCUAUCAAUUCUGGUCCCCACUUUGUCUCUGGUGAUACAGACUCUGUUGUAAUACAGGAUGUCAUUGAAGAUGUUGUCGCUGAAGAUAUUGUUGCUGAAGAUGUUCACUGCCCUGAUAUUAUUGAGGAGCCAGAAACCAUUAUUGUACCUGAACAAGUACUGGACACUGAUGUUGCCACAGAGGAAACCUUGACUACAGUCCCUGAAGAUGUUUUGGCUUCCGACAUCAACUCAGAGACCAUUUGUGUAUCAGAACAUGUCCUGACAAGCGAAGAUGUGUCUGAUAUGGCUACUGUUGAGCAAGUUGCUGUCACAGAGGCUGAAAUAGUCACAGGCACCUUGUCACCUGACGUUGAAGAAGUUCUAGUGGCCGAUCCUGCUACAGAGACUGAGAUAGACACACGGAGUUUACAUGUUCAGAAUCGAGAGACCGUUCCAGUCACCAUUGAGGCUCCAGUAGGAAAUAAAGACACCAGUGAGGAUUAUUUAAUGAUUUCCUUGGAUGAUGAUGGAGGAAAGAUUGGACAUGAAGGAAAUAGUGAACUAAAAAUUGAAAGUGGCCUAUCGGCACAGGGCGAUCGUUUAAAAACAGAUGGUGCUUGUUCUGAAGUCAUUAAAGUUUACAUUUUCAAAGCAGAUGAUGGAGAUGAUGAUUUAGGUGGAACUGUGGAUAUUGGUGAAAGUGAACCCGAUAAUGAUCAUACAGUUGGCCUACUGGACCAGGGCAGUGUAGGCAGAAUAUCACGAGAGAAGAUGGUUUACAUGACUGUUAAUGAUCCCAACCAGGAGGAUGAGGACAUAAUGAAUACAACACAACAAGAAGAGAACUGCUACCUUCAAACAAGUUGUACUGAUAUUGCAGAUGAAGUUUACAUGGAAGUCAUUGUAGGAGAAGAUGAUGCAACAGUCGGUCAUGAGCAACAAAUUGAAGACGCAGACAUUAGCAAAACAUUUGUGCCUGUAGCUUGGGCUACUGCAUAUGGUAACAGUUCUGAGACUGUAGAGAACAAGAAUGGAACUGCCAGCCAUCUUCUACAAGCAGAUGGAACAGCUGAGCUUAACAGGCUGGCAAAACCAAAGUCGAGGAAAAGGAGGAGAUUUGAAAGUAGACAGUAUCAGACAGCAAUCAUCAUAGGGCCAGAUGGACAUCCCAUAACUGUUUAUCCAUGUAUGAUCUGUGGAAAAAAAUUUAAAUCCAGAGGUUUCCUGAAGCGACACAUGAAAAAUCAUCCAGAGCAGCUGACCAAGAAAAAGUACCAGUGUACUGACUGUGAUUACACUACUAACAAGAAAAACAGUUUACACAACCACUUGGAGAGUCACAUGCUUAUGAACAAAGUGGAGAAGACCUAUGAGUGCGAUGAAUGUGGCAAAGUGUUUUCUCAUCCAGGAGCACUGGUUUCCCACAAAUUGGUUCACCGUGAAAAAGGAGCCACAAAGAUGCACAAAUGCAAAUUUUGUGAGUAUGAGACUGCAGAACAAGGGCUUCUGAAUCGCCACCUCUUGGCUGUGCAUAGCAAGAAUUUUCCACACAUAUGUGUGGAGUGUGGCAAGGGAUUUCGCCAUCCUUCAGAGUUGAGGAAACACAUGCGAACCCACACUGGGGAGAAACCUUAUCAGUGCCAGUACUGUGACUACAAAUCAGCUGAUGCCUCAAAUCUGAAAACUCACAUGAAGACAAAGCACAGCAAGGAUCUACCAUUCAAAUGUGAGCAUUGCUUGAUGACAUUCACGGAUGCCAAAGAACUACAGAAACAUGCCAUCAUGCAUCAGGGACACAAGACCCACCAGUGCACACAUUGUGAUCACAGAAGUUCCAACUCUAGUGAUUUGAAGCGCCAUAUUAUUUCAGUCCACACCAAGGACUAUCCUCAUAAGUGUGAAGUAUGUGAUAAAGGCUUUCAUCGACCCUCUGAGCUUAAGAAACACAUGUCCACUCACAAGGGUAAAAAACUGCACCAGUGUAGGCACUGUGACUUUAAAAUUGCAGACCCUUUUGUUCUUAGUCGUCAUAUUCUUUCAGUUCACACCAAGGAUUUGCCAUUCAGAUGUAAACGUUGCAAAAAGGGCUUUCGACAACAGGUUGAACUUAAGAAGCAUAUGAAGACCCAUAGUGGCAAAAAGGUUUACCAAUGUGAGUACUGUGAAUAUAGCACUACUGACGCCUCAGGCUUUAAACGGCAUGUUAUUUCAAUUCAUACAAAGGACUAUCCACAUCGUUGUGAUUACUGCAAGAAAGGCUUCCGAAGACCUUCGGAAAAGAACCAGCAUAUCUCUCGACAUCAUAAGGAUGCAGUUUUGGUUGAGGGGUUACCAUGAACUAUUACCAAGUUAGGAAGCAGCUACUUCCAGUGCAUCCAUUUAAUGGUAAAGAAUAUUGUGUAUAUUUGUCGUUAAAGACUUAAAAAUUAAGUUCACUUCAAUAAUUGAACUAACUUAUCCCCUUUUCCAAUUGUAUUGUCAUAGAUUGAAGAUCUAGUCUAAAAUGCAAAUUAAUGUCCACAGACAUAGAAAUCCAUUAAAUGGACAGGUUUUGCGAUAUGGUGUCAGAUCUUAAGAUAUGAAUGUAAUAAAUUAGUUACAACAAAUCAGCUACAGCUUUGGCUUCUGCCAUUAUAUAAUUACUGAAUCCAAAAUUAGCUAUUUCUGAAACAAUUUAGCUUCAGUUUAAUUAUUGAUGGCAAAUGUGGUCCUUUUAUUAGUUUGUAUCAUUGCUCAGUUUUGUUGAAGUGCUACAGUUUAUGUGCUUGCUUGCUUGCCUGUUUUCUGGCUGAAAUUCAUGUUAUCAGCACAUCCUCCUGUAUUUUGAAAUUUCAUUUGGUGUUGGAAUUGUAGUUAUUUUUCCAUCUGUGCUUUUGAUGCUUCAGUGUAUUAUGGUAAUGGUAUGUUUUCAGCCCUUAUCUGGAUUUACAUUUUUAUUACAGUUUCAUCUUUUAAAAAGAGGGAAAAAAAUCUUCACUUGAUGUAACCUUGGGACUAAAGGCCUUUGCCUAACUACAUUUUACUUGUUCUUCCAGAUGUGCUUCAUUCCUCUGUGUCAAAUGUGGUCUAGCAAUGCAUUGUUGUGGCAGGAUUAUUUCAUCAAAUUUACUUUUCCGUAUAUGGUGUGUAAAAAAAAAAAUGACAUUGCUCAUGUUUUUACAAGUGUACACAUUUUUUCCAGAAUUAUAUUUUGCCAAUGUCUUUAUCUUGUAAAAAUAAAACAAAUAGCGCUAUAUGUUUUUUAAAAAAAGUUCUGUGCUUUCUGUAUACUGCAGCUUAAUCUUAAAGCAGCAACUUAAAAGAAAAUGUAUGUAUUAGUAGUAUUUGUUCUGCAUGAGCUGCAAAAUCUAUUUUAAAACAAAUAACUCCAGAUGUAGGGAAAUGUUUUACAUGAUGUACCUCAGUCUGAUCAUAAUGUUGGAGAGGUGUUGGGGUAUUGGGAAGGGUGUUGCAGGGAAUUGUGUGGUGAAAGAGAGGCUUUCUUUCUGACUAAAUCUUUAUAACAUACAAAGUAAAAAGAAUGUAUAUUUGAUAACAUUGAACAACCACUGUUGAUAAUCUUCUGAAAUAGCCUUCAAAUAGUUUAUUUGUUUGAGAAACUUGAUAUAAUUGGACGGUUAAAACAAUAAAAUUGCAGUAUAAUUCAGGAUUUUCAGUAUAACAUUUUUGAGCUUCAAGAUGAUGUCCUGCUUCUAAUCUCUACAGCAUCCUGUAAGGUUUGAAAUGCAAUGAGUUGGCUUCAUUUGUACGUCAGCAAAGUAUGAAUGGUAUGCAAAUGAAAGGAAAUUUCAAAUGGAAGAAUUGAAAAUUAUAUCAUAAUGUAACU